AUGGAGGCAUUGGGAUGGUGGCUAAUGCUCGUCGGAACCCUUCGAUUAGCCUCCGUCUGGUUCGGUUUCUUCAACAUUCCCAGGCUUAGGUCUGGCGUCUACGGCAAAUCUCCUAUGACUGCAGUUCAUGGAAGGACAUUUGCAGUUUGGACGCUAGUGACGUGCACUCUUUGCUAUACAUGUGCAUUUAACCUUGAUGACAAGCCACUGUACUUGGUGACCUUCUUAUCAUUCAUCUAUGCGCUUGUCCAUUUCUCAACCGAAACCCUUAUAUAUCAGUCCAUGAGCAUUGCUAAUUUGAUGACCGUCAGCAUCUUUGCUGGUACAUCGAUAGUAUGGAUGCUGGUGCAAUGGAACUGA